AUGGAAGCAUUCAGGACUUUCGGAGGCUACGUCGUCGGCUCCUGGGUUGCAUCCAUCCUCUACGGCGCUGCGCUGGUCCAGACCGUUCGCUACUUUCAUAACUUUCCCGAUGACCACUGGUUACGGAAAGCAAUAGUCACUUUUGCGAUGUUGUUCGGGCUCGUUGCGCUCAUCGGGGACUACAGCAACGUGUAUCUGAUGCUAGUAACGUUUUGGGGCGAUGCGGGGCCCAAACCGUCCUGGACAAGACCCGUCUACGGGACAUUGAAUGGCACAAUUGGGAUACUCGUCAACGCCUAUCUCAUCAGUCGUAUCUGGGUGUUGACCAAAAAUAUAUUCAUCGCUGUCUUCCUCUCGACAGUGGUCGUCCUUUCGCUCGUUAUGUUACUCGUGGGCAAUAUCUUGGUUGGGACGACAAGUGAUCUGACCACACCCAGAGGACAGUUAGCCCACACGGCCAUGAAAAUUUGGGCCAUAUCAUUUACUUUCCUUGAUUUCGCAAUUUCCGGGAUUUUAGUCAUGAAACUGCGCAGCAUGAAGAGCUCAUUCCAAUCGACCAACAACAUGAUUCACUGUCUUAUUGUCGGCGCUGUUCGGACCGGCUUGACUACCGCUCUCAUCACGCUUUUCCUCCUUGCAUUCUUCUUGGUGGAUUCUAGCACCAGUGUUCCACCCAUGUUCCACUCGAUGCUCGGUCCGGCCUCUCUACACACCCUCUUCGCCAACCUACUCUCCCGGCGUUUGAACAGCAGUGGACCAAGUGGAGCGAGCAGAACCACAUCCGACUCGCGACCGAAUAUGAACAACACGAUUAUGAUGGACGGCAUACAAGUACAUCGGACUGCCAUUGUCACGAUAGACCCGCCAGAAGAUGUCGGCCUGUCGACGAGGAUGGACAUCGAAAGUGUGGGCAAAGAAGACGCGGAGUCGUAUUCCGGGCAGAAAGUGGUAUUUGAUUGA